AUGUGUGUCUUACUUUUUGACAAGACGAAGGGGGUGGAACGACGUGACGGGCUAGUGUCACGGCUAGAUGGAUCCCUUUGCUCAAUCUUAGCUCUUCUAUGGACACUCAAUGCGACGGGACUUUCGACAGUGAAUGCCGAGACACUAGGAGCUUUCCUCUACAACUUCGGACAGAUAGAUGCGGGUUGA